ACGUCGUGUUAAAGUCUAGCCCUUUUAGAAUUUCGUCUACAUCUCUAUACUAAUUGAAGAAUUUCAUGCAUACUCAAAGCUCUUCUCUCCCUCUCCUCAAUUUCUUCCAAUUCUUUCAAUUUCUUCAUGUAAAUUUUAAAUUGUGAUUGUUUUGCUCAUUAGAGUUCAGAUCUCGUAGUUUUUUGGGCGCACAAAUGGCAUCAGUUUCCUCAAGUCCUCGAACUGUAGAGGAGAUCUUCAAAGAUUACAGUGCUCGUCGCGCCGGAAUCGUUCGUGCUUUAACUAGCGAUGUGGAUGAAUUUUACGGGCUGUGCGAUCCAGAGAAGGAAAAUUUGUGUCUAUAUGGACACUCGGAUGAAACUUGGGAAGUAACUCUCCCAGCUGAGGAGGUUCCACCGGAGCUCCCUGAACCUGCCCUUGGUAUCAACUUUGCUAGGGAUGGGAUGAACCGAAGAGAUUGGCUUUCUUUAAUUGCUGUGCACAGUGAUUGUUGGUUGCUCUCUGUCGCUUUUUACCUUGGAGCUAGGCUUAAUCGUAAUGAGAGGAAGCGCCUCUUCAGCUUGAUCAAUGAAUUACCGACAGCUUUUGAAGUGGUGACAGAAAGAAAGCCUGUAAAAGAUAAACCCAAUUCAGAUAGUGGAAGCAAACCUCGUGUUGGCACAAAGAGAUCCAGUGAUGGCCAAGUCAAAAGCAACCCUAAGCUGGCUGAUGAAAGUUUCGAAGAAGAGGAAGAUGAACAUACUGAAACAUUGUGUGGAAGCUGUGGCGGAAACUACAGUGCAGAUGAGUUCUGGAUUGGUUGUGACAUCUGUGAGCGAUGGUACCAUGGGAAAUGCGUGAAGAUAACGCCUGCUAAAGCGGAGAACAUCAAGCAAUACAAAUGCCCGUCCUGCAUGAAGCGCACUAGGCAGUAGCUGUCAGGAUCAAACUGAAGAUUCAUAGUUUUCACUCAGUCCCUGACAAAGUAGUUUAGCAAUAUGUGUUUCGACAUUUUAUUCUGAAUGGGGUAAAGUCCAUCUCGUUGUCUACUAGGUGGUCGUCCAUCGCAAUGUCAUGUUUUAUGUAGGAGUUGAUGUCUUUUAUUUUAAUGCUACAAUAUCAUAUGUUUUGAUGUUUCUGAUGUAUUAUUAAUUAAAAAUAUUUUCAUGAUUUCA